AGCUGACUUAAGCUAAGAAAGCUGAAAGGUUUCUUCAUCGACAUGGGAAAGCAAUAAACAUCAUAGACAAAGCAGAUUGUGAGAUUACUUACCUACCUUUAUAGCCAUACCUUAGUAGAGAAGGAAUGCGAGAGAGAAUAGUAAUCCUUUGUUCACACUUUUGCUUCAUCUUAAGAACACCACAACUUGCGUCUUGUCUCCUAUCUAGAAAUCUACAGCGAUGUCUAUGGCAGAGUACUCCAAGGUCAAAACUUCGGUUUGGUGGGAUAUAGAGAACUGCGAGGUCCCUAAAGGAUGGGAUGCUCAUGCGAUUGCGCAGAACGUUGGUUCUUCUCUGUUGGAUAUGAACUACUGUGGUCCUGUCUCAAUCCUUGCUUAUGGUGACACCAACCUCAUCCCUCACCAUGUUCAGCAAGCUCUCUCUUCUACUGGUGUUGGCCUUAACCACGUCCCUGCAGGAGUGAAAGAUGCGAGUGAUAAAAAGAUUCUAGUUGAUAUGUUGCUGUGGGCUGUAGACAACCCUGCACCAGCCAACAUAAUGCUCAUCUCCGGUGAUAGGGACUUCUCCAAUGCUCUUCACCAGCUAAGUAUGAGGAGGUACACCAUUCUUCUCGCUCAGCCUCCACGCGCCUCCGCUCCGCUUGUCGCUGCUGCCAAAAAUGUAUGGCUCUGGACAAGCCUAGCAUCUGGAGGUCCUCCUCUUACCAGUGGUGAAUCCUCUGGACCUGUCAACAAUGGACACUGUAAUGUCUCUCAUCCAGUUUCUGAACUAGCUGGAGAUAGUAAGGAUCACAAAACCAGAGAUAACCACGUUCUGAGAGAACCCACAAGAGAAUCUGUUACUCCUUCUGAUAGCUUCAGAGCACACCACUCAGAUCAAAGACAGACAUCUCAGGCUGCGUUUGUAGCCAGUCAUAAAGCUCAUGCUAGUCUUUCAGCCAAACCUAGACAGGAAGCAGAUGUUGUGGAACCUGUUCUGUGUACGGUUUGCCAGAUCAGUUGUAUCAGUAAGGAGGCAUAUGCAAGUCACAAGUAUGGUAAAAGACACCGACACAACUUGGAGCUGCAAUCAGGUAAGGUUCCGGGACAAGCUGUGUUUCCUAAGGAGGUUAUGACAAGACAGAACAGAAGAAUAAGAAGAAGGUCAAGGAAGGCACUCAUUGAUUCUAAGAAGGUCCAAGAGAAAGGUGUAGGAGAAAAGUUUCAACCAAGAGAAGCAAUUGCACAGUCUCAGUUUCAAGAGAAGCAUGUUGCAAUGGUGAAUCAAUCAGAGGAGGUUGAAGAGAAAGGUGGGGGAGAAAAGUCUCGACCAGUAGAAACAAUCACAGAGUCUCUGUUGCAGUCUCAAAACACUCAAGAGAACAACACCAAGUGCUUUGAGAAGCAAAGCAAAGAGCUCAGAGAGAUACUAUUUGGCACCUUAGAAAGCAGUGUAAAAGAAAAACUUCCAAGAACUAAAGACCAGGCAGAGACUGUUAACAAACAGCUUUUAAAUGAAGAAGCAAGGCCUUUAAACCAGUCUCAAGGAGCAACUGAUAAUCACUUAGGGGAAGUGAAGAAGAAGCAGAAGGAGGUGAUGGAACGCCGAGCAAUCACACCUAGAUCUAGGCUUUGUCAUCAUUGCGUAGUGAUUUGUGAUAGCCAAGGUGUUUCAACACUGGUCUGCGGUAACAUAUAUCAUUGGACAAACCACCCUUUGGCUGACUUUGUAGAUGAUGCUGUGUGGUGCCAAGUCUGCCAGACUAGAUGCAACAGCAAGGCUGCAUAUGAAAAUCACACCUAUGGGAAAAAACAUCGACAAAACUUGGAGUUGCAAUCUGCCAAGAAUGAAAACAUGUCUAAAGGACAAGACAAGCUUUCUGAGGAGAAUGCAAAGGACCAAACCGCCUUUGAUUCUCACAACCAUGCUGCCAAGGUCAAGGAACAAACAGAUAAGGCAUUUGUUGACUCAAAGAAAAAUCAAGAAGAAAGUGAUCAAGGGGUACAAGAAGAAGAUAAAGAGGAAGUGAAGGAGGUAAACGCACUAUCCGAGAACCUAGUGCAUGUUUUCAACGGACUGAAUCGAGAGUCUAGAAUACCCAAAGAAUCGAGAGGAUGUUUGGAUGUAAUUCCUGAGAGAGUACAAAUGCCACCAGAUGUGAAUGUGAAUGUGAACGGGAAGUUUGAAGAUGAGUCCAAGCACAAACAGGAAGGUGAAAAGGAGUGUGCAGGAGGAGGUAAGGAGCAUCUUGGAGAGGCUGGGAAAAGGGAAGAGAGUAAGAAGGUCCAUGUUGAUAACUUAUGGACACGCCUUUGGUGGGGAAAGAGUUAAAUAUCUAAGGCUGGAAUUUGAAUUGAUGGAAACUAAUAAUAUGUAUGUAGUACGUUAAUUGUGUGAAUAGCAUGUGUUAUGUUGGCAGCAAUGUUGUGUGUGAAACCAAUUACGUGAAAAAAUGAAUAAUUGGAUGAGUUAUUAUUAUUAACAUCAAUUGUUCUUAUAUUGUUAUAUACCUUUCUGUCUGUAUUUGUAUUUGAUAUUACUACUGAACUUGAGUUUAAUGA